UUUGAUGCGAGCGGCAACUUCAGCGGUAGCCCAACGCGCCCCGCCGCCUGUCGCCCACAACAGCCCGCAUCAUCAUCAUCAUCAUCAUCACCAUCAUCACCACCACCAUCAUCAUCAUCAUCAUCAUCAUCCUCCUCAUCAUCAGCAGCAGCAGCAGCAUCAGUGUGAUGAAGCAGCGGAGGACGGAGACCUUCCUGCUCUGAGACACUGGAUCAGCCCGCAGACAGGAUGACCGAGGUGAUGAACUCUCUGGAGCCCGGGACGGAGGACUUCAGCGGGGGAGGAGCAGGAGGAGAGCAGGCCACACUCUUCCCAGAUACCCAUGAAAGGUAUCCAAAGUUGUCCAAGAGGCUUCCCUCCAUCGUGGUGGAGCCGACGGACGGAGCCGAGGUGGAGAGCGGGGAGCUCCGCUGGCCACCGGACGAGCCGAGCUCUGCGGACGCCCAAACUGAAAGACAGAGUGCAGAGGAACAGACUGCAGAUGAGGAGCAGUCGAGUGUCGGGGUGGAUGAAGAGGCUUCAGAGGCGGAGACGCAGGACUCCAACUGAGCAAACUCUCCUCCUGCGAAAUCCACUGUUUAACUGUGAGUGCGUCCAGACUUGGAUGAGUUAAAAAGAGUCCCGUAGGAGAGCACGUUGUGGGGAUAGAAAGAUCACGGAGACGGAGGAGGAAGGGUAGAAAAAAAAAAAGAUUCCCAAACCCCAGUUCACAGGGGGCUUGGAGCCAAAGUCGAGUCGGCACCUUCAGAAUAAAUUUACAGAAGGUGUUUUUCUUUUCAUGUACCGUGAUGAUGAAGGCGCUUUUUUCUGUACACUAAUAAAGAUGAUUGAAGGGACCAAGUUGACAACCUCCAGUUUGUACUUUUACCUUUUGACUAAAUUUCCUUUUCACAAGAAGUUGUCUGCCUGGAAACGAAAAAAAAAAAAAA